AUGUCCGACGGAUUCAAUCUACUCAUCCGACUGAGCAAUGGACAACGCUUGGAGGUGACGUUAGAAGGCGAUGACAGCUCCGCCAUUACCGUGUUGAAAGUGAAAGAAUGCAUUGCUAGCAAAGAUUCGAGUGCUCCUGCCGAACGGCAACGAUUGAUCUUCAAGGGACGCAUUUUGGAGAAUGAGCGCACAAUGUCGGACUAUGCUAUAGUGAAAGGUUCCACUCUGUUCAUGGUCAAAUCGGCAGCAGCGCCAGCUCCAUCAACAGCCGCCUCAACGACGACAACCACCACACCGACCCCGUCCUCCACCAGUAACCCUAGUAUGGGUUCUGCAGGGACUGCUCCUCGUCCACCCACCAUGAACACCAACAGUCCCUUUGCAGCAGCAGCAAUGUUUGGACAGCAACAACAACAACAACGACAGGGUGCCAUGCCUGGCAUGCCACCUGGCGGAAUGCCGAAUCCCGAACAGAUGCAAGCCAUGCUCAAUUCGCCCCACAUGCAGGGUCUGCUCGACAAUCCGGAGAUGCUGGGUAGCAUGCUAGAACAGUCCAUGCAAUCUCCUCAAAUGCAGCAGUUGAUGGAACGUAAUCCAGAAUUGCGCCAGCUCUACAGUGAUCCCGCCAUGAUCCAACAAGCCAUUCAAAUGAUGCGCAAUCCACAGCACAUGCAACAAGUUAUGAGACAACAAGAUCUCGCCAUGAGUCAGCUAGAAAAUAUGCCCGGUGGGUUUGCUGCUCUCUCCAAUAUGUAUAGAAAUGUCCAGGAACCCAUGAUGGAAGCACAACAGGCCAGCAGAAGUCCAAACACUUCCACCGCUGCCAACGGAAACUCCAGCGGAGCUGAGGGGGCCACGGGAGCUGCCAUGCCCAAUCCUUGGGGAUCACCGGUUCCUGCCCCACGAAGUAGCACCACUAGCAGCAAUAAUAAUCCUGCUGCUGCCCCUCCCAAUCCAUUUGCUGCAAUGCAGGGAAUGCAGGGUGGUGCCCCCAAUCCAUUUGCUGCCAUGGCGGCAAUGCAGGGUGGUGCUCCAAUGCAGGGUGCCCCCAAUCCUUGGGCUGGAGCUGGAGCAGCAGGUAAUGCUCCCAAUCCAUUUGCUGCCAUGGCAGGCAUGCAGGGUGGUGCGCCCAAUCCAUGGGCAGCCGGAGGCGCAGGUGGCGCUCCUCCCAAUGUCGAUCAAAUGAUGCAAGUCCUCGAUAAUCCCGUCAUGUCGCAAAUGAUGACGGAUAUGGUGCAAAAUAAUCCUGACAUGAUCCGCACCAUGUUAGAAGCCCAAAACCCAAUGCUGCGACAAAUGUUCCAAGGCAACCCCGAAAUGGCCAAUAAUUUUGUGCAAAACAUGUUCAAUCCCCAAAACAUGAGAAACAUGAUGGAAAUGCAACGGGCCAUGGGUGGAGGUGCUGGCGGAGCCGGUGCGGGUGGUGCGCCUCCCAUGUUUGGAAUGCCACCCAUGUUCGGCAUGCCUCCAGGAGGAGCCGCUGCGGGUGGAGAUUUGGAUUUUUCCACUCUGCUACAGCAAUUUCAACAGACGCGAUUGAAUGCUGGUGCUGGGGCGGCGGGUGCUGCCGCUCCGGCGCCACCUACGAAUCCAGCCGAUCGAUACCGUACGCAGUUGCAGUCCUUGUACGGGAUGGGAUUCGAUGAUGAACAAGCCAACCUGGCUGCCCUGCAAGCCAAUCACGGAAAUUUGAAUCGAGCAGUGGAUCAACUCCUGAUGAGCCCACCACCACCAGCGCCGGCGGCAUCGGGUGACAACAAUGCCGGAGAUGCAGCACCAUCAAGUGGCGGUGAUUCCACGGCAGAAGGAAAGAGUGAUUAA